AUGACCAAAAAAACUAAAUUACUUUAUGGGAUAUCUAUAUUAUUAAUAUAUAUCACUAUUUGUAAGGGAAUAUUUGCUUUGUUGAAGACUUGUUUCUUAUUAGUGUGCGGGUAUGUUGGUUAUCAGAUAAUAUGUAUCACGUUUGAAGAUAGAAAACUAUAUUUACCUAAGCUUCUAGAUAUAAAUCAAUACCCUAAAGGGAUCACUGUUGAUUCAGAUAAAUCAGAGUAUAUAUUUGAUACUAAUUCUGAAAUUUCAAAUGAAUUACGAGAGAUUAUAUAUCUCAUUAUUAGAGAUUAUGUGAUGAUAUGGUUUGAAAGAAUUGACCAAACACCUGAUUCAAGGUUCCCUAAAGAAUUGAACAAAAUACUUUUAAAAGCAGUAGACAAUGCUACUCGUAAAUUAAAAGAUUGCGAUUUUGUUACAUUAAUAUUGUCAAAAUUGAUACCUUUAUUAACAUUGCAUUUUAAUUCUUUUAUUAAGGCCAAAAGAAACCUAAUUGAAAGACUGGUUAACAAAAAUCAUACAAAAUUGUCAAUAUCAGAGUCAAGUCUUAUUGAAGAGUAUAAGAAAUUUAAAACAUUACAUUUUGCAAUUGACGAAAAUCCAGAUAUUUUGGAAAGAGGAGUUGCAAUUCAUUUGAAAAAAAUCAUUUUACAAUUGCUUCCUUAUUUAGUAUCUCCGGAAGAAUUAGAAUCACCCUUUGUUUCUAUCCUGAUGAGGGAGAUUCUAACUGCUAAUAUAUUUACACCAUUAGUUAUGAAAUUUAGUGAUCCUGAUGACUGGAACUUGGCAUUUGUUAAUUUAUCGAAGAAAGUCUUAAGAGAAAGAAACCAAAUUCAUAAAGUAAGAAGAAUAUUAAUGAAGGGAAUUAAAGAACCACAAAAGUUAAAUGAUUAUGAAGAUGUCUCUAGAAUAAAUGAUUGUUCAAUUGAUUUGGAUUUGGAUUUUGGUACUACAACUAAAGAAUUUGAAGCAUUUCUAAGACAACUUAACCUAUUACAUACAUACAGUGAUUUACGUAGUACUAAAUUUGCAUUAGCUAUUAAACUUUUAAAAUUAGAAAACAGGGAUUCCCCCUCAGAUGCAGAAAGAAAAACAUCUAGAGAAGAAGUGACUUUGAAAAAAAGAAUUCUAAUUUCAUUGAAUAUGUUGGAUACAAAACUAAAAUAUAUCGAACCAAAAAUGUCGAUUCCCUCCCAUAGAGAAUUAGAUAAAGAUAUUUUGAAGGAACUCGAAGAUUUUAUAUCAGACAUAACACUUGACAGUGUUUUUCUUACUGAUAAAACAUGUAUAUCUUUCUUCAGAAGGUAUUUAUACACGAAUAAUUACAAAAUUGCUGUAAUAUAUUUAGAUUUUUGGAUAUCAGUUAAUUCACUUAAAAUUCCACUGGAAGAAAUUGACUCACAAGAGAUCAUAGUUAAAUUUUCCAAAGCUGAAUCAUCUCAUUUAUAUAAUAUAAAAACCCAAUUUUUUUCAGAUAGUAAUUUUGAAGUAAUGUUGGCACUGGAUAAAGGAUUAGUUAAAAACAUUGAAUUAUUCAUAGAAAAUGAACAAUUGCAAAAAAGUGAGGUGUUUCUCUUAGCAAGAAAGAGUCUUUUUCUACUGCAAGAACAAGCACAGAAGAUACUAUCUGAAAAAUAUUUUGUUUUAUUUAAAAAAUCGAAUAUCAUGAUGAAAAUGAUAACUUCUCCAGAAUUCAUUUCAACACAAGUGUACUCGGUGUAUUUUUCUCCUAAGCCAGAAUCUCUAUUGAAGAAAAGUAAACACAAUUCAGUUAUUGACUGUUCCACAAAUACUGUGAUGAUGUUUGCAGAUCCAAAUCUUACUGAAGAACUUGAAGAAAUUAUCAGUGAUAGUGAUAACUUUGAUAUAAAAAAUAGUGACUCGUUAAAAGAUUUUGUAGAGGAUAAGCAGCCUGGUUCGGCUUCUAACAUGGCACCAUCUAAUAUGAUUAAUACAAUUUUAGAUAAUCAACAUAUGCUUAAUUUUGGAAUAAAAAGUAGACCAUACCAAGAAUAUAAUGAAUCCCUAAAUAAAUCCACAGAUUCAAUGGCAUCGAGAUAUAUUAGUGAUACAAUGAAUGAUAAUUGUUAUAAUUUUUCUACUUUAAAAAACGAAAUGUUCCAGCUAAGUUUAGGCAUUGAGGAAAUUAAAAAGGAGUUAGAUCUGUUAAAGCACCUUAUAUUAAAAGCUGAUCUAAUGGAUAAUAAAAAACAGUUGAAAUUAUUAGAUAAAUCACAGAGAUCAUUACUUCGGGACCUUGAAAAGAAGGAACUUUUAAUGCAACAACUAUCAAUCCAAGAAAAUGCCAAUAGUUUAUAUAAAAACACUACAACUCAUAUUAAUUGUUAUUACGAAAAUUCACAGAUUAGUAGUAUACGAAAUGUUGUUUUUUAUGUUAUCAAUGUUGAUCAUGUUUAUAAAGAGCAAGUCACAUCUUGGGAGAUACCCAGGCGCUAUAGUGAAUUUUAUACCUUGCAUAAAUAUUUGAAACAAAGAUAUUCUACAAUUCUCUCUCAGGAGUCUAUUGGAAAAUUAUUUCCACCAAAAAGGAAUAUGAAAUGGGGUUUUCAAUUAUCUUUAAAGGAACUUUACGAGGAUAGGCGUGCUAGGUUUGAAUUAUAUUUAAAUAAUUUAUUAGAUUAUCCUGAAAUAUGUCAAGAUGAUUUGUUUCGAAGGUUUUUAACUGAAUCUCUUAGUUUUCAUAUCCAUACAUUGAAGAAUUCAACUCUAUUCAAUAAUAACGGUAUUAGUGAUAAACAUGAUCAAUUAUAUAUUGACAAUAAACUCAAUUAUUUGGAGAAUAGUCCAUUAUCAGAAACAUCAUCACAAUUGAGUGAUGACAAUAGUAAUGUUACAAGUGGAUCAUUAUUAAUUAACGGUACAGAUAACAAAAUAGAUGAUCAAAUAAGAGAAAAUGAAAUUAACAAUGGUGUAAGAUUAAUUCAACGAGGUACUGCGUCGAAUGUAUCUUUACUAAAACCUGUAUGUGAUUUAUUUAUAUCCUUAUUUUCUUUAAAUAAAGCAAAUUUAUUAUGGUUGAGAGGCGGGGCUAUCAUUCUAGUAUUACAACAAUUACUUGGAGGUACUAUUGAAAAAUAUAUCAAAGAUAGUAUAGUCAAGUUACAAUCACCAGAGAAUGUUUAUGAGUAUUUGAUCGUUGUUAAACAAUCACUAUGGGGGGAAGGAGGAUUAAUGGAAAGAAGAAAGAAAACAAAAGAGAAAGCUGAAAGAACCACCUCUGAAAGAAAACAAACAAGAAAGGACUCCAGAUUAUUGUUAAGUAUGUUAUUUACUGAAGUGUGUGGUAAAGUUGUUGGUCGUAGACAUGCACAGGAUGCUGCAUCUAGGAUACAUGAUUUGGUGCAGGUACGUUGUUUAAAUGCAUCUUUAUUAUUAGAAGUCAUUGAUAUUAUAUUAGAUGACGUGUUUUUCAAAAACACAGCUGAGCAUUAA